AUGUCGCCUGCGCUCGCGGCGAUCGCUGGCCGGCUCUCCACCUGCCGCACGCGUACACUCCGCGGUAGUGCCGGUGGCGCUCUGUUACAAUCACUGUGGCAUCGUUUCUCGUCUCCAGGGCGCCACAAAGCCCUGACGUCGCCUCCUGCGAUCAGACCACGCGGAUUCUGUGCCGCAAGGCACCGGAACGCCUCCGCAUCGGUGCGGGACUCGCGGACAAUGGCGAGCGGUGGUGCUUCAUCAGCGCCCUGCCGAAUUGCGGUCGCGCAGAUGACCAGCACGGACGACCACGAGCAUAAUCUGCGCACAUGCACGCAAAUAGCCGAGAGCGCGCGCGACAGGGGCUGCCAGAUGCUACUGCUCCCCGAAUGCUUCGCCUUUCUGGGCCGGAAUCAGGAUGCCACUCUGGCGCAAGCCUCGCCCCUGGACGGCCCGAUCUUCGAGUCAUACCGCAAGCUCGCCCGGGACACCGGCCUGUGGCUCUCGUGCGGCGGCUUCCACCAGGCGUCCCCGGACGCGGCCUCGCGGAAGCUCCUCAACACGCACGUUGUCCUGGACGCGCACGGAAACAUAGUCGCCGAGUAUCGCAAAGUUCAUCUCUUCGACGUGGACGUCCCCGACGGCCCCGUGCUCAUGGAGAGCCGCGCCACCGCGCCGGGCGACCGCCUCGUCGCGUGCGACUCCCCCGCGGGCCGCCUCGGGCUGACGGUGUGCUACGACGUGCGGUUCCCAGAAGUGUAUCAGAGACUGGCGUUCGAUUUCGGGGCGCAAGUGAUGCUCGUGCCGUCGGCGUUCACGCGGCCGACGGGGGCCGCGCACUGGGAGGUGCUGCUGCGGGCGCGCGCCAUCGAGACGCAGGCGUACGUGGUGGCGGCGGCGCAGGCGGGGGAGCACCCCGGCGGGCGCGCGAGCUGGGGCCACAGCAUGGUCGUGGACCCGUGGGGCGAGGUCGUCGCGAAGCUCGACGACCCCGAUGCGACAGGGAUCGCGGUGGCGGAAAUAGACCUGGAGAAGAUGGCGCGCAUCAGAGAGCGCAUGCCGAUCGCCGCGCACCGCGCAGCAGGGCGGCCCGCCGUGUUCGCGGACGCCCCGCACGAGCUCUAG